CCCACAGCAUCAAGCAAAGGAUUUUAGAAAGUAAAAAGGAUAAAGUUUCCAGGACAUCAGGAUGGAACACUUGUGCAGGGUGUGCCUGGAGUCAAAUAACCCAAAGGACGACAAAUUAGUGGAGCUUUUCCGAUCAUAUGUUCACGGUGUAGCGAUUGGAACUUUGUUACACGAGUUAUUCUGUAUUGAGAUUGCAGAAGACGACAACCUGCCGCAAAGCAUAUGCCAACGAUGUUUUAUGGAAUUACAAGUUGUUUUCGGUUUCAAGGAUAAACUAUUGAUAUCUGAUGCAACCCUACGGAAAAGGUGUUCCGCUAAGGCAUCCUCGAAAAAUGAGGAUCACUUACAAGACGAAACCGUUAUUUCCUGCUCAGCAACGACCUCCAGUGAAAUGAUGGAUCACGAGUAUGCUACGAUCGAGAUAGUCUCCAAUAGUUGCUGUGUUUGUGAAACUAUUAUUUGCGAUUCAGAGCGAAGUGCUAAUCAUGGCGACGAUUUAUCUGGUUCAGAAGCUGCAUUAAACAGAAAAAUAUGCUCUAUAUGUUACGAACGGCUCAACAGAGAGGAAGAAAAUGACAAUGCUGACAAAUCCGUUUAUACAGAUGAGGUGGUUCUCUCUGCUUCCGUUGAGAUGCAGCAAGGUUUGAAUGAAGGUCAACCUAGUAUUGGAUCGAAAUCCCAGAGAUUUUGCUGUGUAACACAUUGCAAAGAAGCAUUCCGUCAUGAAUCGGAGCUGCUCAAGCACGCUCAAGAUGUGCACUCGUUGAAGCUUCGAUGGAACCGGGAAAGACAAGAGGCGGGUAAACCAUUCAAAUGCAACAUAUGCGAGCGUGCAUUUAAUUCAGCGAAAAACUUGCGCAUCCAUCAGUUUGUUCGAGUAAACCAGGACUGCAAACUGCACACAUGCAAGGAUUGUCCCUUCCGGGCAGUGAGUAAUGCGCUAUUGAUUAUCCACGAGCGUUCGCAUACCGGCGAGCGGCCUUUUGGUUGUAGCCAAUGCCCCAAGCGGUUUAACUCGGAGUUGAAUUUAAAGAAUCAUCAAAUUUGCCACAAGACCGAACGCUCUUUCGUAUGUUCGUACUGCUCCAAACAAUUCGCCCGCAAGCGAAACAUGGAAGAACAUAUCCGAUCGUGCCAUUCGGAUGAGAAACCGUACCACUGUGAUGUCUGCAGUGCUCAGUUUAAGGUUCAGCAACACCUUCGACUCCAUCGUCGACUGCACACCGGUGAGAAACCGUAUAAAUGUAGCUACUGUGCUAACAGCUUCUAUCACAUCUCGGAUCGGAAAAGGCAUGAAAUGUCCCAUACCGGAGAAAAGCCGUAUAGCUGCAAAACGUGCGGAAUGUCGUACACUCGAAAGCGUACGCUCAUAAUUCACGAGCGUACGCAUACUGGCGAACGUCCUUUUUGUUGCAAUGAUUGUGGAAAAACGUUUCAUCAGGCAUCGUUACUGAAAAGGCAUACUAUUCGACAUCAUAGCUCGACAUGUCCUGAUACUUUUUCUUGUGAUCCUAGCGUAAAUGAAAGUCAGCAGGCGUCAAUGAAUACAGAAAAGACAUUCAUCAUCGAGGGUGUAUAUAGCAUGCAUAACGUUUAAUAAACCAACUCUA